CUAAUAUUAUAUAGUAUUUAUAAAGGUCUAUAUAGGGAACUUCCAAACUGCAAGAAACCCCAUGUCUGCCACAAGUUGUGUCUAUGGAAGAAGAAAUUAUUCAAAUCUCUGCAACUAGUUAUACUUACGAUUCAAUGGAAGAAGAAGAAGAAGUGGUUCUUCCAAGUGUUACUUGUGAGAUUUGUAUAGAAUCCAUGAGAGAAAACAACAAAUUCAACAACGGAAACAGUUGUUCCCAUCUAUUUUGCUUAGAUUGUAUCUCUAAAUACAUAGAAGCCAAGAUGGAAGACAACAACAGAGCAGAGGUGUCAUGCCCAGCUUCAAAUAGUAACAACCGCUUGGAUCCCCUCUCAUGCUGCUCGAUCCUCCUUGCAGAAUUGUUUGAGAGAUGGUGUGAUGUGCUGUGUGAGUUUAUUAUUCAAAGGUUUGAUCAGAAUGUGUACUGUCCUUUCCCCGAGUGUUCGACGUUAGUCCUGAGUGAGUGUGAGGGAGACAUUAAUACAAGAACAGAGUGCUCAAAUUGCAAGAAACUGUUCUGUUUUAAGUGUAAGAUCCCUUGGCAUGUGGGUUUUGGGUGUAAUGAGAUAGAGCAGUUGAGAGAUGAAAAUGAUAUUCCAUUCGGGGAGCUUCUUGAAAGGAACAAGUGGAUGAGAUGUCCAGGCUGCAAAUUCCGUGUGGAGAAAAUUGAAGGUUGCCCAAACAUAACUUGCAGGUUGGUUUGCUUCAUCUUCUUCUUUCAUAACUUGUUGAAAGGAAAAAGUGGCUCGGUUGAUAUCGGUUGGAUCAGAUUGGUAUUACCUUGAUCUAUUCCUAAUCCUGUUCAAUCCGAUCCCGAUACAUGGUUAAUGCCUAACUGUAAAAACAUAAUAAAGAAGAUUUUUUUCUUUAAUCAAAAAGCAGGGUAAAUUUGUCUGAUAAA